AUGGCCGCCGUAAUCAUACCAGGAACUUCGGAGGAGAAGGUUGAUACCAAAUUGGCUCCUGCUGGAAAUGGAUCGGGAAGUGUAUCUAUCAACGAAGCCGAGCUUGAAAGCCAGGAAGUCUUCAAGAGAACCGAGGAUGGCGUUGACUUCCGUAAUGUCAUACCGUCGGCCAUGUAUAGUUUAGGUGCUCUUGGUGGCGCUUUAUCAGUCGUAGGAUGGUCUAUCAUGAACACUUAUACGGCCGUCAUACAAGGCGAUUUCAAGACGCGACAUCCUGAAUGUCAUACUCUAGCAGACAUGGGUUAUAAAGUAGGUGGUGUUUGGCUCAAGGAACUUAUUGGGGCCUUAUACCUAAUCGCAUUUGUUCUCUGCGCUGGAACUGGGAUUAUCGGGUUAUCGGUAGCAUUCAACACGCUUUCGGAUCAUGCUGCUUGUACCGUUUGGUGGGGGUUCUUGUCGACCGUUAUCAUCACCAUUGCCGCCUCGAUCCGGACUCUACGCAAUAUCGGUUGGCUCACUUGGGUGGGCUUCCUCUCCAUCUUUCUCGCUGUAUUCAUCGUUGUCAUUGGCGUCACGACAGUUGAUCGACCAGCAGCAGCACCGCAAACAGGCCCAUUCGAUCUAGGGUAUCACGUUAUCGCAUACCCAACCUUCGCAGAAGGGAUGACCGCAACAACUACGAUCUUCGUUUCGAGUGCAGGUACUUCCGCCUUUCUGCCAGUCAUAUCCGAAAUGAGGAACCCGCGAGACUUUAAGAAAGCUCUAUACAUAUGUAUGGGCCUUGUGCUCUGCAUGUAUCUAUCAUUCUCUUUGGUCGUGUAUCGGUGGACUGGUCAAUGGGUUGCGAAUCCAUCCUUAGGGAGUGCCGGCGGAACCAUAAAGAAAGUCUCUUAUGGAAUUGGGUUGGUCGGGUUGUCUGUAAGCGGAUGCGUCUAUCAACAUGUAGCCGCCAAAUACCUGUUCGUCCGAAUCCUACGCAAUACUAGACAUCUUCAAUCGAACACCGCGAUCCACUGGGGAACAUGGCUCGGCUGCUCCAUUGGUCUCGGAGCCGUCGCCUUUAUCCUCGCCGAAUCUAUAGCGAUAUUCAACUACCUACUCUCCUUAGUAGGAUCGAUAUGUUUCGCCCCAAUGGCCAUCUCGGUCCCGGGAAUCCUGUGGCUAUUCGAUUUCUCGCAUUAUCGUACCGGGAGCCUUUGGCAGAAAUCACAAUAUUUCUUCCAUUGGUUCCUUGUUGUCUUGGGGUUAUUCAUCACUGUUGGCGGAACAUACUCAACAAUUCUUGCCAUUAAAGAUGCUUAUGCGACUGGUCUUAUAGGUUCGGCAUUUAGUUGUGCAGACAACUCUAAUAGUGGCCAUUAA